AUGGCGUCCGACGCUGCUACCAACAUCGACAAGUCGGUGGCAAUGGCAUCGGCGGCCGCUCCGACCAUGGUACCAGAUGCCAACACGACCGACAACCUCCAGGAGGUCCAGAAAGGCUUCCUCAAGCUCCCAGAAGAGCUGGUCUCCAACAUCGCCUGCAAGUUGGGCUCCGAUGACCUGUUCGCCCUGCGCUUGACAUGCAGAGACCUCGAGAACAAGUCGUUACACGAGUUCGCCACCGAGUAUUUUGGGUCGAAAUGCUUCAUGUUCACCACGGAGAGUCUCAAGGUGUUCGUAAACAUCGCCAAGAGCGAGAAGCUCCGGCACUACUUCCAGAAGGCCUACAUCAUAACCGCCAGUGCGACCGAGCGCCAGGUUCAGUGCUGCCAUCGUGGAGGAUGUGCUUGGAACCCGACCGUCCGCGAGCACGAAGCAUUCAUCGAAUACAAGAACGACCAGCGCCAGCUUCAAGACAAGGGCGGUGACUUGAAGCUUCUCUCCGAGGCCUUCUCGCAUCUCCCCCGUCUCGAGCGCCUGACUCUGGUCGAUCAACCCCGGCAGCUUCCAAGAUCCGUGAAGUGCUACGGACUGAGGAAGUUCACACGAACCACCGGCAUUCCAGCUUCUUAUCGACCCGUCGACGCAUCGUUCGCCGACGAGUACUACCCAUGGUUGACCCAUGUCUUUCGAACGAUGAUCUUGGCAGUGACCAAGAGCGGAAUCAGCACCCUUACCGACUUGCAUACGCAUCUCAACCUCGACCAGCCCUAUGGCCUGUCGCCAACUACGGACCUUCAGUUCAAGUCCACCACGCUCGACCAAUUGACCAAGGCCUUCAGCAACCUCACUACCGUCGACCUCUGUCUCCGCAGUCGCUCGCUUCGUGUCGGAAAGACUGACAGUCAGGAGGAGUUGAAAGUCGCGGCUCGCUCGGUGAAGAGCUUUGCACGAGUACUGAAGAACGUGACGUGUCUUACGUUGGCGGCUGAUGUCGGACAAUGGUCUGGGCAAAUCCUCAAAUCACUGGCCAGCAACAUCGACCUGGGCAAGCUUACGAAGUUUCAGCUCGACGGCUUUCUGGUCGACAUGGAAACGCUCGCUGCCAUCGUCUGCCAACUAAAAUCAGCUCACAUGAUCACAUUCAUGCUGGUUGAGAUCUGUCAUGGGUCGUGGGUCCCACUACUCAAGGCUCUCGAGAAAUUACCGAGUCUCGAUCACCUCCACAUGUACUACCUUCAAGCUCAUGGGCAGAAGUGCUUCUUCCUCGAGAAGCCAGACGAGGACGAGGAUCUGACCGAACCGUCGUGGCUCGAUCCCCUCACUGGAGAUAUUCUUGGAGCUGGUGGUGACGAGGGCGAGGACGACAGUGGUUGGUCUGACGCAGACGACGACGAGGAUGAGGAUGAGAAGGGCGAGGAGGGUGACGAGAAAGAGGAGGAUGAAGAGGAAGAAGAAGAGGGGGAGGAAGAAGAAGAAGAAGAAGAUGAAGAUGAUGAUGAUGAUGACGAUGGAGAGAGCCUGCCAGAUCUUCUGGAUCCAGCAGGAUCCUCACUUCCUCAGGAGGCUCCAGAAGAGGCCGUUGAUUCAACGAUGCCACGGCCCAAGGCUAAGAAACCAGUGAAGAAGGCAGCACAAGCCUCCUCUACGCAGGGGACCAAAUCACCAAGUGGCUGUCUGGCCCGCACAGAUAAGCAUCAUCGUGCCCCAGGAGUCAAGUCUGGCGAGCGUGGCUAUUACAUCUGCGUAGAAGGCGAGGAGAUUCGAGAGCAACUGCCGACAUUCGCGAAAGAGUACAACCUGGGCGGCGGUCCAAUGGGCGAUCUCGACUUCAAUGGACUUGUGGGCAACCUCGCCCAGUUUCCUGCAGGCGCUGGUGGUGUUGGCGGCAUGUUCGCAAUGCCAGUGCCUAUGCCUGCUCCACCAGGUACAGGCGCGGGUGCACAAGCUGCACCAGCUGCGGGGCCCAACAUGCCUCCUCUCCCAGCACUCGGAGGCAUCUUCUCACUCUUCGGUGGCCCUCUUCCACAGGAGCCACCAGCUCAGAACCCUCCAGGUCCAGGAUUUCCGCUGGGCCCGACGGCUGCCAAUCCAGGUCAAGCGGCGCCUACGACCACUGCUUCCAAUGCAAACGCUCCGAACACGCAAGACGAUCACGAGGAGGGAUGGUGGGAGGAUGGCGAGGUGGCUGAAGGUGGUGCUUUGGAUGAUGUCGACUGA